AUGGGCGGCAUUGCUGGCAUAUGCCUCAUGUUUACUGGGAACUCGUUUUUUCUGUGGGCUAAAAGGAAAGGAAGGUUCCCUCGACUGUUUAUCAUAGUGAUUGCAGGGGAGCAAAGGAAAGGGAAAGGUCGGAGCGUCUGGCGUCGAAGGAAACUGACAAAGAAGGAUGACAUGUUGCGAUACAAAAUGGAGAGAGUGCCUUCCCUGGAGGAACAAGUUCGGAAGGUAAAGGAUGAAGGACAGCUCUUGGGAAUGGACAUCAAGAGACUACUACUCUCAGAGGACAACCGGUUUGAUUUUGUGAAUGAAAUUGCGGCCGAGGCCAACGAGUAUGUUGAGAACAACCGAGAUGAGUAUGGCGGUAAGAAGAAAGCCAUCCUUCAGGUGCUAAAUAACCGUGUGAAUGAUGCUGGGUUUUAUAGACCUGAGGCAUAUGAAGAAUCUGACCCCUUCAAACCAGGGCCGUCGUGGUUGAAAGAAUUUUAUACUUGAUUUUGUGUUGUUCAUGUUGUAAUGUUAAUCUAGAUGGUAUUCUUUUGCAAUACUUUUUGUUUCAAAUCUAUCCCUGCAAUAAUUUUGCUUCUCGUUACACUACAUAAAUGAGAUUGUUCAUUUAAUUUCUAAAAGGUCACAAUUCUUGAUGUGAUUUGUUUGCUUGGUGUACCAAUCAUAACAUAAUAACUGAUAGGCAACUAGUCUUCCUAUUGAUCUGUCACCAUCUUCUUCGGACGUCGAACACAAGGAGUAGGUGCCAGUAGGUAAUCCAGCAGCCGGCGAAUGGGUUUCCUAACCUUCUUGACUCAUGCCACCACGCAGAAAAGAAGAUCUUAUAUCAGGUGUGGGAGAGGGGAGGGGAGGGGAAGCUAAUGAUGAUCCUUCUUUGAGAAGACAAAUCGAGCAUUACUAACAAAUACACAUGCCAUAGUAUUGUCUUGAUGAGUUUUUUUCAUUUUAUUAUACCUUCCACUAGAAUAGCCUAAGCUGGAUCAAGAAAGUGGCAUGUACAAAAUAAAGUCAUGUGAUCCAAGGGGUACUUGCAAGAAGUUCUUGAUUCUCUUCUGUAAAUGAUUUCUUCAGUCCAAGAACUGAUAUAUGCUUUUUUUUGGCUCA